CUCAAGGAACCCCACAGUGCCUUGGGAGAGUGACAUGGGUGCCUGCAGAGUCUCAGCUUUUCUCAGAUACACCAAUGCUUUCUCAGAAUGGAUGAGUUUGGGUCUCAUGGCCUUAGAGAGGUGUAUUUGCAUCUACAAGUUCCGCCACAACAGUAGACGUCCAAGCAAGUGGUUUACUUGCUGGAAAACCUUUAUUUAUUGCAUUAUCAUUUGGAUGCUUGGUAUUGCACUGCAAAUGCCAACAUACCUCGGGGUGUACGGGAAUUUUGGUUACAACAGCAUGACCCUCAAGUGUGAUUUUAUGAACAGCACGAACGGAGCGAAUCCGCGCGUCUUGUUUUUCACCAUGGAGACUGCUAUCCCCUGCAUUCUCAUUUUCAUUGGAAACAAUUUCAUCUUGGUCCAAGUCUACUCAAACAACAAACGUAUUCUUUCGGUUAUGGGGUCGCACACAUUCCAGCAGGCUCAGCUUCGCCGCAGCCGAACCACCAAAGUCAUUGUUCGUCUUUUAAUCGUGUUCCUCGUGUGCGUCAUACCCAUCUGCUUCUAUAACGUCAUCUUCAUAAAAGACGAUGCCACUUUACGUGAAACAAUACCAGAACUUGGCAUAGUGCUGUACUGCAUCUACUUCCUGCAGUAUUGCAUCAACAACUUCAUAUACGUUGUUUGUUUUGAAAAGUUCCGUUGUGCGUACUACCAGUUCCUCUGCUUCAUACUGUGUCGGAAGGUGAAGCCGUUAACGCCGGUUAAGACCCUUCCUUUGCGUCCAUGCGACCAAGUCUACACGAUUAGCAGACCCCACCGUCUCCAGGUACCGGAGGGGAGGUUUCCCCGCUCGCCCUCGGAGUGUGAGGAGGAGAGACGUGCUGAAAACGACCCAGAAUACCAACAAUGGCACAUAAUUUCGCCAUCUAGCUCGCUCUCGUCCCAAGCCAGUAUCGGUCUGGAGAUUCCCGAGUCGCGCCUUGCCUCGUCGCUCCGGUCGCAGGAAAGUGUCACCUUUGAGAGCGACGUACUCGGCAGGAGGCACACCUUCGGGAGUCUAAGUGUGUGCUCGUCCACUGCCACUCUGGUCCUGCCCGCUGCGAGGAAAGUCUCCCUCAAGAAAAAGCUCAAGAGGACUUUUUCCAGAUGAGGGUUAGCACUUUGGGUCAUGACGAGAAACAUGGUCCACUUUCAAAACGGCUGCAGUGUACGGCCUUAUGCUGUGUAUGUCUUUCUGUAUAUUUGAAUAUAUAUAUAUAUAUAUAUAUAUAUAUAUAUAUAUAUAUAUAUAUAUAUAUAUAUAUAUUUGUUGCCAGUUAUUAAGUUAUCUUUCAUUGUAUAUAGUUACAAUAAUUUAUACUUUCAAUCAUGGAAUGUGUUAUCUUUUA